AAUCAUUGUCUCACACACAUAUUUUUUAGUUGAAAGAACUGCUCCAUAACCUUCAAAAGUCUAUGCAAACAUAUCUUGAUGGAGUCCUUGCUUGCUUUGCAGGUUCAGAGAAAAAAAAAGGUUGGGCCGUGUGAGUUUUUUUUGUUUUGGGCUGGCUAUUUGUUUUGGACUGGUCUUAGUGGUGGACUUGACUUUCUGACGGAAAAAAAUACCAAGAUCUGAAAUAUUUGUACCGGGUAUCUCGUCUAGUCGUUUGAUAUGGCAGAAGAUGGGAAGUUCCAAAUUGAGAAGUUCGAUGGUACAGAUUUCAGUUGGUGGAAGAUGCAAAUUGAAGAUUUGCUGGUUCAGAAAGAUUUGGACGUGGUUUUGGGUGACAAGCCAGAAAAGAUGUCGGAUGCAGAUUGGGCAGGUUUGGAUCGGAAAGCUAUGUCCGUGAUCCGUCUCUCGUUGACCAAGAAUGUUGCGUUCAACAUUCUGAAGGAGAAGACAACGAAGGGAAUAAUGGAAGCGCUGUCUAAUAUGUACGAGAAGCCAUCUGCAGCGAAUAAAGUUUUUCUGAUUAGAGAGCUGGUGAACACAAGGAUGAAAAAUGGCACUUCAGUUACCGAGCAUAUCAACAAGUUGAAUUCGAUCUUAGCCAGACUUUUGUCAGUUGGCAUUAAGUUCGAUGAUAAAGUUCAAGCUUUACUACUGUUAUCGUCAUUGCCUGACACUUGGUCCGUAACUGUUACAGCAGUUACCAGUUCAGCGGGACCUGACGGAUUCACUUUUGAGAAGAUUCGUGACCUUGUUCUUGGCGAAGAUGUCAGAAGAAGGAGUUCUGGUGAGUCUUUGGAAGAAUCACUAAAUAUCGUCAGAGUGCUGAAGACCCCUGUCAGUUUCUGGACUUUGAAGGAUGUCAGAGUGGUUCCAGCCUUGAAGAAAAGUUUGAUUUCUGUUAGGCAGUUGGACGAACAGGGACACGAGGUGAAGUUCGGAAAUGGGCAGUGGAAGGUCGUGAAGGGAAAUCUUGUCAUGGCCCGUGGAAGGAAGAGAGGUUCGUUGUAUAUGGUCGAGUUACCAUCUGAGGGAGUGACCGUCCCAAUUCAGAAGAAAAACGAAGUCCGGUUCACAGAGUCUCGUGGGCAGAAGAAGGUUUUCUAUGCAAGAAAGAAACCCAGAGCCACAGGUCACACUCAGGAUGAACGAGCGAGGAAAGGUUCAAUGAGGCCAGUCAGAGAAAAUUUCUUGCUCAGUAUGGAGAUUGUUUGUUCUCAGGAUGUUCCAGGAUCCGGCAGUGCGUGUGUGCAGUGGGAGCCGGUAGGGACCGAGGAUGAGUCAGGGAUGUUCCCAAUGCACUUUUUCCUAAUUCUGGACGUGGUAAUUAUCAUGGAUGUGGGAGAGGCGGUUACCGUGGCAGGGGAGGUCCACCUCAUGGUGGAGGCUACGGAGGAAGAGGAGGUCGUCCACCGUAGCGUGAUGCCUGUGACAACAGUGGCAGAAUCGUACAGCAAGGGAGUUCGGUCACGUGGCAUCUUUAUGGCAAACCUAGACAUGCAGUAUGAAAUUGUUGGCACCGUUUUGAUGAAUCAUAAGAUGGUCCACCACAGUCUUAUUACACAUUACACAAGUCAAUCUGCUGAACCAAGUAAGAGUUGAAAUCUGGACACAUCCCCAAAUGCGCAUGUGACUUUGGAUUUUUCCAAGCUGCAAAACUCUUUUUUCAUAUCAAGGAACCAAUUCUAUCACCACUGCGAGAGGCCAAAUUGUAUACAUGCAUGGACUUUGGCUCAAUCAAGGGUAUGUCCUAUU